UAUAUAGAUUGCCAAACCCCAGUUGGCCUUUUUGUCCCCCCCCCUGAGAGAAGUUUUCUGGAAAGUUCGUGUGAAUAAGCAAGAAAGCCCGAGCAAGUAGGUUACAAAAGGGUUCUUUUUGAAGUGAUUCCUGCAGUUUUGGACCCCCAAUUGAACAACGUAGGAUACCCUCUUGGGUGUAGUCCGGAUUCGUUCAGUUUGGUGUGUGUUAAUUAGGGGACUCUGUUUUUGUGAGGGGGGGAAUUGGGGUUCUGGUUAGCAGGCCGGGUGGUCAUUCGAUCCCGUGUUUCAUGGAUGCGAGAUUGGUGAAGUCGGGCAUCGAUUUCACGCGGAGGAGGAAGAGGUGGAUUCUCGCGGUUGCGGCUCUAGCGUUUUCUGGUUAUGGCGCGUACAGGGUGUAUAGCUCGCCCGCAGUUGCUCGGAAGAGGAGGAGGUUCUUGAAGCUCGUGGAGGCUUUGGUUUCAUUGGCCGAGGCAGUGUCCGAAUCCACCGAGACGAUUGUGCUCGUCUCAAAAGAUUUGAAGGAGUUUCUGAGGUCUGACUCCGAUGAGGUCCCCAAUAGCUUGAAGCAAAUUUCGAAGAUCGCAAAGUCAACCGAGUUCUCAGAUUCGAUAACUGAGGUAUCCAGGGCUUUGACUGUGGGUGCUAUGCGUGGUUAUAGGUCUGAGUCUAAGGACAAUGUCCACGGAAAUGGUGGGAAUUCGGGUUUCGUGGAUCAGGUUCUCGAUAAGCUUUUUACGCCUGCGGGGUCUGGCUUUGCAUCUGUUGUGGUAGGCAGUCUAGCCAGGAACUUGGUCAUGGCUAUUCAUGCUGAUAUGCGUUCUAGUCGGCAAUCAGGGGACGGUAGCAAUCAUUUUACCAUGGAAGGGAGUUCUGUCCCGAGAUGGCUAAAUGUGCUGUGCGAUGACAAGGUCAAGGAUUUUGUUGGCGAUUGCAUUCAGCUGUUUGUGAGCACUGCAGUCACUAUUUAUUUGGAAAAGACAAUGGAGAUUAACACCUGUGAUGAGCUUUUCUCUGGGUUGACAAAUCCAAAGCAUAAGAAGGAAGUGAGAGAGAUGUUGGUAUCUGUUUGUAAUGGUGUGGUCGAGACUCUGGUGAAAACAUCUCACCAAGUGCUAAAAAGUUCCAAAUCGAAUGCUAAUUCGUAUUCAGGUUCUCCCUGUUCAGCUAUAGAGGGAAGCAAAGGAUUGAGAUUUAAUGGAAUGGAUUGGAAGCAAGGGGUGUUGAGUCAUAAGAGUCCAACAGAUUCAUACGGUCUUGGUAAGGACAGUGGGUGGGUCAAUAAAGUGUCGUCCACUUUGGCCGUCCCUAGCAAUCGAAGGCUUGUUCUCGAUGUGACUGGGAAGGUUACAUUCGAAACGGUGAGAUCUCUCUUGGAGUAUUUGAUGGAGAAACUCCAUGAUGGUAUGAGACAGAGCGUUGGCGUCGUUCACAAGGAAGUUCUUGACAGGGGUGUCGAAGUCGUGAGAUAUGUUACGGCAAAGUCAUCCAUCAUAACCACCAUUUGUCUUUCUUUGUGCUUGCAUAUGCUGGAUGGUGCUUCAAUUUUGGCACCAUUUUAACUGGGCAAAUCUAUUCUCUUGAUCAGCUCGGUCAUCCAAUAUAUUUCUUCUUAAAUCUGAACCUUGGGAGAGCGACCCGUAAGUGUCUUCUGUGGUUUGUUCAUCCAGUUUUAGUUGAUCUGCCUUCUCUGCAUACGAAGUUUGUUUGGGUAGAUCAAGGCUCGCUAUUUAAUUUGGGUCUAUCAUGGAUGGGAAACAAGUUUAUUGACACUCCUGUGCAGCUAGAUGGCUCGGAACCCUCCAUGUUUCUCGGGUCACUUUGCUUUCAGAUGGUUCUUUUUCAAUGAUUACUUUUUAAGAACAGAUUGUAUUGUUUGAAUGAAGGUGAGAAAAGGGGGGAAAGGGGCAAGUGAAGCAUAUGCGUCAUGUUGUUGUAUCAUAACUUUUGGAGAUUUUGAACAGUGGUUGAUCACUGGGACCAAAUUCCUUACUGUAAAAAGUUCGUGAAAUACCAAUUCUUUCCACUGUA